AUGUCUGACCCAGCAGCCCAGAACCAGACUCCUCAAGCCCCUGGCGCGCCUGCGGCACCAGCUCCCGGCCAACCACCUGCGUCGCCUUACCCGCCUCCUGGAGCUGCGCCACAACCGGGCCAGUACCCACCGCCAGGGGGCGCGCCUCCUGGACAGUACCCGCCUCCACCAGGCGCACCGCAAGGAUACCCAGGAUAUCCGCCCGCGCAGGGAUACCCCGCCUACCCAGCUUAUCCAGGAUACCCGCCCCCUGGUGGAUACCCGGGCUACCCAACCCCUCCGGCUGCACCAGGACAACCGCCACAGCAGGCUGGACACUACCCUCCCUACCCACACUACCCACCCUACGGAGCGUAUCCGGGCUAUGGUGCGGCUUACGGUGCCUACCCGCCUCCUGGGGCACCGGGAGCGACUCCUGCAGUUGGUGAACAAGGGAAGGAUGGAUCGGCGCCUACACCUGCGGGGGGACAACAGCAGCAGCAGCAAGCUCCUCAACCUCAAACUCCCUUCGCUCCCCCGCCACCAGGUGGACCUCCAUACCCUCCCUACGGCGGCGCGCCCCCUCCGAUGCCAGGCUAUCCCGGGGGCGCUCCUCCCCCGAUGCCAUUCGGUGCGCCCCCAAUAGCAGUCGGAGGACUCUGGUAUUUGGGCGUUCAGAUUGUUGAUCCCAACACACCUGCUGCACCGCUUGGAGCUAUGAAACUACCCGGCUACGACCCCGCCCCUGAUUUCGAAAAGUUCCAAAAGUUGAAGGGCAAGUUGCAGAAUGGGCAGGCUGAUGAUAGUGAGACGAUUAAGAUGUUGUUGCCGUUGUCGAUUCAGCAGAGGGAUGCGUUGAAUGAUUAUUUUACGGCUAAAGUGGGACAGGAUAUUCAUACGUUCUUGGAACCGGCGGUGUUGUCGAGUGAAGUACGGACUAUGGUUCGAGCGUUAUCGUUGGGACCACUCAAGUACGACAUCGAGUUGUUGAGGAAGGCGCUUGCUGGGUUCGGGACGGACGAGAUGUUGUUGACCGAACUCAUUCUCAACCGAAACCAGGAUGAGCUGCGAUUGCUCAUCCAAGGCUACAAGCAGCGAUAUGGCAAGGACCUCGUGGACGAUGUCAAGAGCGAUCUGUCUGGCAAGCUGGAACGACUGUUCGUAAUGGCGCUCAACACCCAACGGACACCCGACAACGUCCCCAUCGACCACGGGCAAGUUUCAGCAGACGUCGACAGGCUCAUCACAGCUGGCAAGAACAAAGACGAGAUGACGUUCAUCGAGAUCUUUGUGAACCGGAGUCGACCCCAUCUUGCGGCUGUUAUCACUGCUUAUGGACAGAAACACAAGAGUUUGAGUAAAGUCGUAAAGAAAGCUUUCUCUGGAAACCUCGAAACCGCCCUCCUCUACAUCCUACAUGGUGUCAAAUCCAAACGGGACGGGCAAGGAAUCUGGCGUGACGCCAAAUUACUCGAGAAGACGAUGGCUGGUCUGGGCACGCGGGAUUCGACGCUUAUCUACCGAACGAUGAGGGGACAUUGGGAUAAGAAGAGGUUUGAGGGUGUGAAGCAGGCGUAUAGGAAUCGGUAUGGGAAGACGCUUGAGGCGAGGAUUAAGGGUGAGACGAGUGGGAGUUAUAGGGAGGGGAUUUUGAUGGUUGUUAGGAGUACGGCGUAG